AUGGGAAGGGAGGAAUCGAUACCGAGGGGAGGAAAAACGUCAAUUUACGGUUCCAUUGAUUGUUUUAAAUGCGUAUCGAUAAACGGGGAUAAUCCGGCUUGCGAUGAUCCCUUUCAUAACAACUACACGGCUGAAAUUUACGAAUCUCCUUGCAUGGGCGGAAGAAAAGACAGAAAUGGACUUUUCCCAGCCACGGCAUGCAUUAAAAUGUCGGGUCAAUAUGAAAAUGGAACAAAAAUUACAGUUCGCGGUUGUGCCUUGGACAGUGGAUCAUUAACCAUUGAUACAGAAAUUAUAAGAAUGUCACAUUGUGGAGCUUUUUAUUUCGACGGAAAGUCAGUUUUUCUCUUUUUCCCCUUUUUAUACUAA